AUGAUUUUUCAAUAACUAAAAAUUACUUUACCUCCAAUUGGUGCUCAAGAAAUCGAGAAAUCAAUUUAGAAAAGAAUGGGAGACUGCUUAGAAACAUAAUUAGGGUUUGAAUACGAGCCUUUUACGUUUCAAUAUUUAGAAUUACACCCCGAUUUGGUUACUAUUAAAAAUCAAGUAUACAAACUUAUAGUUAUAUAUGCAGAAAAUUGAACAUCAUCCCAUUGAGGAUUAAUAACAUGUACAUACUGCAUUGGGAUGCUUUAGUAAAGAAAAUAAAAUACGCUUAUUCUUAAGCGAAAACAUCCAUGUUUUGCAACGAUUAGUGAUUAUAAUGGUAAUUGUAAAUACUAUAGCAUUCUGUUUAUAUGACUAUUAAAUUAGAGAUAGUGUAAACAAUUUAAGUACGAGGAAUAUAGCCUCGAUAAUUAUCGAAACAAUAUGCAAUGUUUUUUUUGGGAUUGAAAUAAUAAUUCAGUGCAUUUGCUAUGGAGCAAUUUUGGGUAAAGGAACUUAUUUAAGAAAUAUUUGGAGUUGUCUUAACUUUCUAACUUUUGUCUGUACAUGGUCAAUAUAUUUCGAUUAGUCAAAUACAUUCAUUUAAUUGUUAAGAGUUAUUCGUUUAUUAAGAUUGGUGAGACUUUUACAAGAAAUACAUUACUUAAGGGAACAAGUGGAAACCUUUUUUUCAUGCUUUUUAACAAUCCACACGAUAAUAAUUCCUUUGGUGAUAGUGAUUUUUGGAUUUUCCGUUAUCGGGCUGCAUUUGCUUAGAGGAGUUACGGGACAUAGAUGUGCUAAGGAUGGAAUUAUUGAUCUGAAUAUUAGAAAUCUGUGCGGAGAGUGGGAAUGUCCAGAUGGGUACUUAUAUUUCAAUAUUAAGCUAUGAGUGCAUUAAUCAUUUCAAUUCCGAAGAUUUAAGGUAUUUAGACUUUUAUUACGGAUACUACAAUUUUGAUACUAUAUAUGAUUCCUUUUUAAGUGGAUUCAUGUUUUUUAAUGCAACAGGUUGGUCACCAACCACUUUUUAUUUUUGGAAAGCUGUGACUCCUCCUGCUACAGCAAUUUAUUUUAUUUUUAUGCUUUUCAUCUUGUAAAUCAAUCAUUUAUACUAGACAUUACACCUUAUCUGAUUUAUUGUUGGCAUCCCUCUAUGAAUCAUUUCUGGUUAGCAGUGCAAUUAAAAAUAGCAUAAAAUCCAAUAAAUCCGAGCUAUUUACCUAGAGAAGAAGGACAGUUACGUUAGUUAAUAAUUAAAACAAAGCUUAGAUCAAUUUUCAUAAAUUGCAUAUGAUUACUUAAAUUUCAUCUUAAAAUCGGGUAAAUCUUGUGACUCCUGCUGAGAUUUUGCGGAAUGAGACUAUUAAAGAGAAAAAUGAACCUUGGAUUAUUACGAGAAUCAAAUAGUUUGAUCAAAUUUUUAUAAUUACUUCAACAAUUAUACUGUGCAUGGACUAAGUUGAAAAGUAGUAUAACCCAAAAGAGUAUUAUGCAGACAUGGUAAUGAAUUUUAUGCUAAUAAUAUUAACUAUUUUUAAGUUAAUAUUUUUUAAGAGAUCGAGGAGAAAAUUUUCAUUUAUAAUAGAUGUAAUCUUAUCACUUGCUUUAAUCGUUGUGAUUAUAUUGGAAUUUUUAAAUUAUUAAAACAAUGUUUUUAUAAUAGUUAAAGCUUUUAAGGCUUUUAGACUAAUAAAAUUAAUUUAUAAAUUAGAGUACUUUGGAAUAAUAAGGGUGUUGCUUAGAUGUCUUAUCGAAACAAUAAUUAAAAUUAGACAUUUAAUCAUUUUAUGGGCCAUUUUUGCAUUCUUAAUUUCUAUAAUAGGAUAGGAAUUGUUUGCUCAUUAUGUGAAAGGGUCAACAGAAAUAGAAGUACAUUUUAAUGGAAUUGGGAAUUCGCUUAUGGCUGUAUUUAAUAUUUUUUAUGGAGAAGAAUGGCAUGUAACAAUGUAUUAACAUGCAUAAUAUAAGCCAGCUUCAUCGUUUCUCUUUUUUUUGAUUGUGUUCUUUUUAUGUCAUACACUUUUUAUGAGAUUAUUGAGAGCUUUAUUUUUAAAUGAAUUUGGAAAGAAGUUAAAUGAAUUAGAACAGAAGUAUCCAUAAACAGACUAUUUAUAAAGAGCUUGGCAGUAUAUAAAAAGCUUAUGUUUUUAAUAAGAGUCACCCUAAUCCUAAUCAUAAUGUUAGAAUGAGGAUGACUCAAAAGCACCGCUUUAAGAGACCAGUCCUAAUGGAACUAGGAUUAAAUCUCAUGUUUCAUAGAUAAAUGUUUCAAAUUAUCGAAGAAUAGUAGAGCAUAAAAUUUUUCGAAUUUGUCUCCUGUUUGUUGUAGCAUUAAGUGCAGUAAAAAGUGCUGUGUAAAAUCCGUUAACAGACCCUAGGAGCAAAGAGAAAGUAAUAAAUUGACUAAAAUUAGCUCAUUUUGGAUGUCAUUUAAUAUGUAACGACUGUGAUUUUCAUGAUUGAACUUAUACUCAAUUGUAUGGCCUAUGGGAUAAUCAAAUUCAUAAACCAAUCGUUUUUAAACAUAAUAUCAAUCAUAAACAUCAUUGUGAAUAUAAUCUCAAUAGGAUUGGGCAAUCCUCCACUUUUUAUUUUGACUCUCUUUGACUCUCUGAGAGUUCUUGCCUUUUUAAAAACAGGAGCUGAUUAAUACCCUAUACUCAAAUAGGCACUUUAAGCUUUAUUUAAUGCUUUUACAAAAAUGAUCUAAUUAACUAUUUUUAGUCUUCUAAUUUUAUUAAUUUACAGUAUUAUAGGUAUGCAAUUAUUAAAUCACGAAUUCUAUUAUUGCAGUCUACCUGAAGAAAGUUCAAUAGAAGGGCAUCUAAUAACUAAAAUUGAUUGUUUUGAUAUAGGAGGAAAUUGGGUAGACAAGCCUCUUAAUUUUGAUAGUUUAUUUUAAUCAAUAAAUAUCUUAUUUUGUGUGGCUACAUCCGAAGAAUGGACAUAACUAAUGAUACCAGCAUGGUCAGCUGCAGGAAUCGACCAUUAGCCACAUCAUGACACAAACAGAUAUUGGUCAAUUUAUUAUUAGUUGUUUUACUUUAUUGGCAAUAUUUUAGUUUUGGGAAUGUUUGUGACUUUAGUUGUUGAAACAUAUAUAAAAACAAGAGAAGAAUCAUGUAUUAAUAUUGUUAUAAAAAAAUAGAGAAUCUUCAUCUGUUAGAUGACAAACAAAGAGAAUGGUUUCAGAUCAAAGAGUAAAUAUUGCAUUUGAAGCCUAAAAAGAAGUUUAAACCUCCCAACAAUUACAUUUUAAAUGCCAUUUAUAGAGUAUAUUAGAUAUUGUAGAUUCCAUUUUUAAUAGUAAUCUUAAGCAACAUCAUUAUGCUUAGUUUAUACUAUGCUAGAAUGGGAUAAGAAUACGAAUAGGCUUUGGACUAAAUUAAUUAGAUCUUUAUCUUUAUUCAACUAUUUGAAAUACUAAUAAGUACAGUGCAGGUAACAGAUUACACCUUUAAGAUUUAUGAAAUAAUUGGGAUUAUUUUGAGUGUGGUUUCUAGCUUUUUAGACUACCACAUACUCCAUGUAGUUUCAGUGGUAUUUCAAGUUACCAGAAUAUACAAAUUAACACAGCAUUUCAAAACCAUUCAACAUUUAUUCCAUGCAAUUUUUGCUGUGCUACCAAACACAGCUUCCAUGCUUUUAAUCAUGUUGGUUGUCUUGUAUUGUUACACUAUUGUGUCUUGUGAUUUAUUUGCUUAUUUACGCCCUUAAAAAUCAAUAAAUGGAUUUGAUAUGCACUUUAGGGAUUUCUGGGGUGCUCUGAUGACUCUAAUUAAAGUAUCAUCUGGUGAGAAGUGGUGGAUUGUAUUGCAAGAGACAACCUUAGAAUAAUCACCUGAUAUAGCAUGCAUUAAUAUUGAAUCAUAUGAUGAAUUUACAGAAGUCGGUUUUAAUGGAUGUGGGUCAAACCUUUCUUAUCCAUUUUUUAUUUCAUUUAUCCUUGUAUUUUCUCUUAUGAUUUUAAAUCUCUUGGUAGCCAACAUCAUAGGAGCAUAUGAACAAUAUCAUAAAAGCGAAUAGAGUGCUAUUUCUAAAUACUAAUUGUUGGAUGUGAUGGAGUUGUGGUCAUAAUUUGAUGAAAAUGGAGAAGGAUUCAUAAGCUAUAAACUCUUUUGGAGGUUGUCCUCUUAGAUAGCUAUAAUCUUUGGAUUAGAAUAGUCAGAUUUGUUGGAUGUCAACAACAAGAAGAAAUUUUUAAAGGCUUUGAAGAUUCCAAUUUAUGAAUUAGUCGACUCAAAUGUUCUUUGUUACAGAUUCCAUGAUGUGAUUGUGAGUUUGACUAGGAUUUCAGUGACCAUUAAAUAUGGAGUAGUUAAUUUAGAACCUGAAGACAAGGAUAUAUAUAAUAAGGUCUAUGGGAAUAAGCAUUCACAUGUGGAACAGAAAUUCAGAGAGACGGCAUUGAAUAGUGGCGACAUGGUAUUUAGAUAUAAGUUUAUCAUCUAGGUUUCCAUAAUCUUUAUUUAACAGAAAUUUAGAGAAUGGAAGUAGAAAUCGCUUUUAAAAAAUACUAUAAUUUUGGGUGGAAUUGGAGACUAUCGAAGUUUAAUCAAAAUCAAAUCUAAAACACUUAGUGAAAAAAUACAUGAGUAGAUAAAUAAUGAAGAUUGA